UCACCCACAAGCCACAGAGGUGGGAAGAGGUGGAGUGUGGCGUGUGCCGACAAAGAACCUCGCCAGGACACAUGCGAGGCCAAACGUCUCCAGUCCCAGCUGCAGGGCCGGAGCCUACUUUGGCCUUGUGAUGACAGUGACAUACACAUACCGUGUAGCUGAUGCACGCCUGGGCACCUUCUCACAGCUCCUGCUCCGAUGGAAAGGGAGCAUCUACAAACUCCUCUAUUGCGAGUUCUUAAUCUUCAUCUCUUUCUACUUUGGCAUCAGCCUCAUCUACAGGCUGGUUCUGAAUGAGAGCCAAAGGCUGAUGUUUGAGAAAUUGGCUAUGUACUGCAAUAGCUAUGCCGAACUGAUCCCGGUGUCCUUUGUACUAGGCUUUUAUGUCACCUUAGUGGUGUCUCGAUGGUGGGGACAGUAUGAGAGCAUCCCGUGGCCUGACCGCAUUAUGAACCUGGUCUCAAGCAGCGUGGAUGGGAAGGACGAGUACGGCCGCCUCCUUCGGCGCACGCUCAUGCGCUACAUCAAUCUGCUGGGUGUGCUGAUCUUGCGCUCAGUCAGCACUGCUGUCUUCAAGCGAUUUCCCAGCAUUGAACAUAUUGUGACAGCAGGCCUGAUGACUCCAGAAGAACACAAGAAGUUUGACAGUUUAAACUCACCCCAUAACAAGUUCUGGAUCCCCUGUGUGUGGUUCUCGAACCUGGCAGUGAAGGCACGUAAUGAUGGAAGGAUCCGUGACAGCGUGCUCCUGCAAGGCAUCUUGAAUGAAAUGAACACUUUGCGCAGUCAGUGUGGGAGACUCUAUGGGUAUGAUUGGAUCAGCAUUCCAUUGGUCUACACACAGGUGGUCACAGUGGCCGUCUACAGCUUUUUCCUGGCUUGUUUAAUUGGCCGACAGUUCCUGGACCCUGCAAAGGCGUAUCCCGGCCACGAGAUGGAUCUCUUUGUGCCCAUCUUCACCUUCCUGCAGUUUUUCUUCUAUGCUGGCUGGCUAAAGGUGGCUGAACAGCUCAUUAAUCCAUUUGGGGAGGAUGACGACGACUUUGAAACCAACUGGCUCAUUGAUAGGAAUCUGCAGGUCUCCCUUAUGGCAGUGGAUGAAAUGCACCAGGACUUGCCCACCCUGCAGAAGGACCCAUAUUGGAACGAACCAGACCCACAGCCACCCUACACAGCAGCAACUGCAGAUUAUAAGCGGACAUCUUUCCUAGGCUCGACCUUUGACAUCAGCAUGCAGAAAGAAGAGAUGGAAUUCCAACCCCUGGAACAGAUUAAAGAGAACGAGGAAGCAAACCACUCGACACCAUUGCUGGGCCACAUCAGCCGCUUCCUGCACGUCCAGUCCCCCACUUUCCCCAGGUCGUCCCGAAUGAACCUGAUGCGCCGGAGGAACGACAGUGUGCCUUCUUCCCCUUAUUACGCAUACCCAGAUGUGGGCAAACCCAGCAGCCCAACCAGUAUCAACCAGCAAAGGGGAGACUGCUCCCCGGCAAGCUUCAGCUCCCAGGACCAAUGGGACAAGGCGGCCAGCAAACUGAGAGAAUUUGAUGCCUUCAUAUCCACUCCGUUCUACGAGAGGCCUGGCUUCUACAGCGCCCCACAGACGCCCAUCAGCUCCAUCCCCAUGAUCUUCCCAUCCAGACGUCAAGGCCGCAAGAAGCCGCCUGCUCUCUCCAGCAUCGCCGCCUGCUCUGCUUCUUUGAGGGACAACUCCACCAGCCAAUCUCCUUGCAGAGCCAGCGACAUGGACAGAAGUGAGAACUCUCUUGGAUCAGGAACUAGAGAAACUUUUGUUUGGCCAACGGAGAAAGGCCAGACUUCAGACUCCUUGGCAGUGACCAUUGAAGAGGUGGCAAAAAACUUGACCAAUGGAUCAAAGGAGAUUGCCCCUUUGGGAAGCCCAGGAGGGCCACUGUCCUCAGCGGGCUCGGCAAGUCCCAAGUUUCCUUUCUUUGCAGAGUCCCCAGAUCCUGAGAUGCAGGCAAACGUCAAGGGUCUGAAAGGCCACCGGCAGCCCUGGUUUACACCAGACCGCUCAGCAACUCCAAACCCAGACUACCCCAGCUACCUCCACUCCUACGGUAUCAAGACCCCUAGCAGCAAUGGCCCUCCCACCUGCUUCCCCUUCACACCCUUGACAUCCCCAGUGCUUGAGAGAUCCCAUCUGGGCAAAGGAAAUGCUGCUGUUGGCUCUGCCUCAGAGGUUUCCCCUGGAGGCAUGGAGCAGGAUUUGCCAACAGCGCCAGGGGCUGCCAGAGAUGCAGGAAGUGGAGUCACCAACACUUAUCCUACCAAGGAUCAGAGAAAGGCAGCCAGCUCUUCUCCCAAUGACUCGGGCAUCUCUCUAGCAGAAGGAGACUUUGUCGGGCUAAUGGAAGUGAUCAUGGAAACCAGCGAGAACACAGCUGAUGAAGGGAAGGAGGCAGAGAUAACUAAAUGACAUGGGCUCACAGAUGCGUUCCAUCUAGGAUGGCAUGAUUUUUUUUAUAAAAAAAAUGAAGCUUCAUGGGCGCGCAGCCUCUUAAGAGACACUGGAAUCACAUACAAUGAGCUACAGAACAGCUGAGAAGGCAAAAACAUUGGGUUGAGCAGAUCACGCCAUAAUGCAUAGGCUUUUGCUUACGUGCUGGUUAAGUCUGGGCACUUGAGCACCGCACAAUUAUGAAACCAGUUCUAAUUCCACCAAGCCAAGGAGAGUGUGGGAGUCCCAGAAAUAUCCCAGGUGCUCCCAAAGCAAAAUUCCAUCCUUGAGCGGAGGAUCAACAAGCAUCAGAAAGCAGGACUAAUUGGUCAGUCCCACCAUUGCAAGGAAGAGGCCGGCCCAAUGUUCUGAGACAAU